GCCGGCUUUGGCCCUUUCUGGUAGCUCCAGCUGCAGCGAGAAAGAGAAAGAGCCUGAAAUACUCUUUGUGUUGGAGCGUUAUCGAGACAAGAGAGCGAAUUUCUGCUAUGUUUUGAAAGCUAAAACUUUCCAGAGGUUAUCAUCACUGAAGUGAAGGGUCACGCUCUCAGUAUUGAAGCAUGGAUGAUGAUUUCGAGCGGCGCAGGGAGCUCAGGAGACAGAAGCGGGAGGAGAUGCGUCUGGAAGCCGAGAGGAUGGCGUAUCACCGGAAUGAGGAGGAUGAAGAGGAGGCUGCUCGUGAGCGCAGACGAAGAGCGCGGCAGGAGAGACUGCGCGGUAAGGACAGCGAGGACGUGGCCUACCAACCCGAGACCCCGGAGCUCAACAACAGCCACAGCGUGACGGUGACAGAGAGCGUAUCCACCUCAGUGGUGUCCUCCAGCGGGAUGGGAGAGGGGGACGAUGAGGAACAGGCCCUGCUGGAGCGCCUGGCCAAGAGAGAGGAGCGCAGGCAGAGGAGGAUGAUGGAGGCGCUGGACAGACAGCAGGAGCUGGAGAGCAGCCAAACCUCCCACCACAGCCUGGAGGAGAGCCGGAGCUACGAGCCUGAGGAGGAGGAGGAGAAAGAGGAGGUCAAACAGGUGGAGGAGGAGGAGGAGGAGGAGGAGGAGGAGGUCAUCCCUAGAGAGGAGGUGGUGGUGGAGGAAAAGCCAAGGAGGUCUUAUUUGAGAGAAGAGGAAUCCGUUGAGGAAGUAUCUAAAAUACCUGAGGAGGACAGUAAUGAGCGAGAUGCUGUGCCUUCUUCUGAACUACAUGAGGUGGUUAUAAAUGAAGACGUAGAUGAUUCUGCAUUUGUUUCGGAGACGGAAACUGGCACCGCAGAGCUCGCUGCAGGUGUACGGGAGAAAAAGAGUGAGAUAGAGGGAUUGACAGAGAAUGGAGUGAAUGAAAUGAGAGAGGCAGAAAACUUUGAGAAAUAUGAGGUUUCAGAAAAUGACGAGUCUAUGAUGGAAGAUGAGGAUGUGAUGAGGAAGAAUAAACAGCCCAACGGAGGAGUGUGCGAGGACAGCACUCCCAAACACAAGAAAGCUGAGAGGACUUUCAGCCGAGGCAGCUUGCGCUCUCCUGAGGCUCCGGAGGCAGACGAUGCAGACGGCGAGGAUGCUCGCUUGGAGGCCGAGAGAAAGCUGGAGGAACUGAAGAGGAGAAGAGAUGAGAUGGAGAGCGAGGAGUUCGAGAGGAUGAGGCAGAAACAGCAGGAGGCCGAGGUGGAGCUGGAGGAGCUGAAGAGGAAGAGGGAGGAGAGGAGGAAGGUGCUGGAAGAGGAGGAGCGGCGGAGGAAGCAGGAGGAGGCCGAGAUGAAAGCCAGAGAGGAGGAGGAAAAGAGGAGGAUGAAGGAGGAGAUUGAGAAGAGAAGAGCAGAGGCGGCUGAGAAGAGGCAAAAGGUGGAGGAUCCAGAAGAAGGAGAGGCCAGGAAGCCCUUUAAGUGUGUCAGUCCCAGAGGAUCCUCCCUGAAGAUCGGUGAGAGGGCAGAAUUCCUCAACAGAUCCGCACAGAAGAGUUCUGUGAAGGCGUCUCACAGUCCUGUGGUGUCUAAGAUUGAUAACCGAUUAGAGCAGUACACCAGCGCAGUGCAGAGCCAGGUCAGAUCUCCCAGAUCAGCUGCCAUAGAUCUUCCCGUGGUGACGGACGGUAUUCGCAACAUCAAGACCAUGUGGGAGAAGGGGAAUGUCUUCAGCUCUGGAGGGAGCCCAGCCUCCACCAACAAGGAUGCAGCUGGGAUAAAGGUGGGCGUGGCCGGCCGCAUCAACGACUGGUUGAAUAAAACUCCAGAGACGGGCAAGACGUCAGGAGGAAGACCUGCGGACCUGAAACCGGGUGACGUGACCAGCAAACGCAGUCUAUGGGAAAACAAGGGGUCCUCUGCUACCAAGGUCACAGGCAGAGGAGAGACCAAAUCCGUCACCAAUGGAAUGGGCCAUUAACCUUUCAAAGAUGCCAGAGAGGCAGGGACCAAGAGAAUGCACAACAUUCCGUUUUUUUUAUAACUUUUAUUAAUACCAAAAAAAUACAAGCAUUUUAUACUGCCAGGAAGAUCUAUGUGAGUAGACACAGUAUAAAAGAGAGAAAAAGAAAAAAAAUAUAUAUAUAUUUUAUCACUGUAUUCACAGGUCACCGUCUUGCACCAUCAUAGCAUAAACGCAAUGCCUUUGUAUGUAACUUCUGUUAAACUGAAAUCAAGGCUGUGAAAACAAGAGAGCAAGUAAUUAGUUAUAUAACAGCAGCCAGCUACCUUGAAAAAUCGGACGAGGCGUAGCAAUCCGCUUCGUCUUUUGUCAAAUCACAUUUUUGCAAACAUGUUAGUUACUCUUCUCAUCUGUUAAUUUAUAGCUAAAGCAAAGCUUCACCUUGCAUUUCAUUCCUGUUCACCAGUUCCAGACCAAAUAUGAACACCCGUAGAGUAGCUGUAUUUUGUACUUUUUGUCGUUACGACACUUUUUUUUAUUGUCUUAAUAAUAUAUGUUAGCACAUAGGGUAAGUUUUUGUAAUUAACUAUAUAUUUUACUGCUUGAUACAAAAAUGGUGCUUUUGCUCUCAAUAUUAUUUUAUAUCAAAACAAGUUUUAAUUCCGCAGAAGUCCAUUAAGUCAUACCAUUUGCAUUAUUACAUUAUCUCUAGCAUUUUUACUUCUGGAAACACUGGUCUGAAGUUGUGUGUGACCAACUUUUUGUUAGUGUUAAUCAUGUGGAAUAAUCGGUAUUGGUUAAGUGAAACUGUUGAAGUCUAAAGAAAGGGAACGUGCACUUUUUGGCUUAAAUCACAUAUUUGAUGAGUACAUUUUACACAUUUUGCAUAUAAUUCAAGACCUUGGUUAAUCCAAAAACAUCCAGCACGGACAACGAGAAGGACAAAGUCAAUUCAUGUUUAUUGUUCAAGUGUUUCAUUUUUCUUCUUUCUGUUGCCAUCAUUCAUACUAAACUGCAACACAGAUGUUGUCAGCUUUCAAUACAGUGCUAGUUGGCAGAAUGUUCGUAAUGCUGUCAUUUAAACGUGUAUCACUUCUGACUUCUUUUGUCAGACAAAGAAUAUCCAGUUCUGCCACCAUAGCUUAUCGCUCAUGUCUCUAAAUGUUCAAAGAUCCUGUAUUCUGCUUGUAUUUUUUGACAAUCAAGUUUUUUACUAUUUGUUUCAACACUUAUGUAUUGUUUCAGACUAACACUAUGCAAGUCGCGCCACCUUUAGUUACAAAUAUGACCGUUUGUAGCCAAUAGUUCCAUACAGAGCAAAUGUUUCAACUUGUAUCAUUGUCUCAGUGACCACAAUAAAGAGACCAAUGAAAAACA